AUGAGUAAAGGCAUUGCACUCGAAAAUCUUCCAGUAGAUUUACAACAUAAAGGCGUCACGCAAAAUGCAAGCACCGCUGAUAUAUUGAGCAAGUUACCACAUGAACAAUUACAAUCUAUCCUAAAAAAAAUACCUGAAGAUGAUCUCGAGGUGAGAAAGUUACUUUUAUUUUUGGAAAAGGCAGAAGUAGUUGAGAAUGAAGAUGCACAACAAAGAAGAGUACGUCUAGCCGAAGUGCUGAUGGUUGAUGAAAUUGAUCCUGCAAGUAUUAACAGCAAGGAAGGCAUAAAGGCUGGGCAAGAUGAUGUCGAAGAUGAUGAGGAGUUUUUUACACCAGCAACAUCUGCACUCAUUUUCGCAAGAAAGUUUUUGAUAAAAUAUUCUCUCGAGAGAUCUCGAAAGAGGUUACAAAGAGAAUUGGAAAGAUAUCAACAGUUCAAUACAAAACAAGAGUUACUCACUCGGCGUGCGGAACUACAGAGAAUGGCUAAGUUAGAACUUGCGGGUUCCCAAUUAGUCUCUACAAGGCCCAUUUCAGCAGUUUCUUUAUCACCAGAUGAUACGCUCGUCGCAACUGGAAGCUGGGCAGGAGAUCUCCGAAUAUUAAGUUCUCAAACACUGCAGCCAUUGUCACAGAAACUCGACUCUCACGUAGGAAAAAUUGGGGCUGUUGAAUGGCAUCCAAGUUCAAACAACCAGAUGGUCUCAUGCGCAGAAGACGGACUCAUCAAAAACUUCCAAUACUUGAACAAGGAAGGUGAACUACGAUUAUUAGGAGAUUUCGUUGGACACGAAAGACGUGUUUCUGAUGUGAAGUACCAUCCUAGUGGAAAAUUCAUUGGUAGUGCUUCCCAUGAUAUGACUUGGAGGCUUUGGGAUGCGUCAACACACCAAGAGCUAUUACUACAGGAAGGACAUAGUAAGGGUGUAUUUAGCCUGUCUUUUCAAUGUGACGGGUCUCUUGUUUGCAGCGGUGGCAUGGACUCCCUUACGAUGCUCUGGGACAUACGAUCCGGAAGUAAAGUCAUGACUCUUGCAGGUCAUUCGAAACCCGUAUACACUGUAGCUUGGUCCCCUAACGGAUACCAAGUAGCCACAGGUGGUGGUGAUGGAUUAAUUAAUGUUUGGGACAUUAGACAACGAGAUGAAGGCCAACUAAAUCAAAUAUUGGCUCAUCGCAAUAUUGUCACACAGGUAAAGUUUUCAAACGAUGACGGCGGCAAAAAACUCGUAUCUUGUGGAUAUGAUAAUUUGAUUAAUAUAUAUAGUAGCGAUACCUGGUUAAAAGUGCAAAGUCUGGAAGGUCACACCGAUAAAAUAAUUAGUUUGGAUAUUUCAAACAAUUCUCAUUUUUUAGUCACGGGUGGCUGGGAUAGAUCUAUCAAACUUUGGAAUUGA